AUGAACUGCGUCAUCGACCUGUUCUCGGACGAGCCCGUGCCGGCGGAGACGUGGCUCCGAUGUGGCAUCCGUCGUGUCAAGGAGCUACCAGCUCUAGCAUCAACUCAGCUCCUGGUGUGCACCUGUGAGCUGAUGAAGGUCGGCGGCCAUGCAGGCCUCUUCGGCGGCCGCCUCGUGCUUGCAGGAACUGGCAGAGCCCUCGGCUCCUUGUGGUCCCACCUGCAAGGAGGUCAGAGCCCCCGGAGCUUGCGAGCCGACCCGGCCAAGGUAGAUGCCGCCGCCACCGCCGCCACCGAGGCCGCCUUUGCGGAGCCCUGGGUGGUGGUGGUCGAUCCCAGGCUCGGCUGCUUCGUGCCCGGGGACCCGGUGGAAGUCUUGGAUGGCAAGAAAGGAUGGCGGGGCGUGGUGAGCGGCAAGGCAGGCGAAGGAAGCUACUUUGUGGAGGAUCAGAGCCGCAAGCUGCACAACGUGGCAGCGGAGAGGCUGAGAGUGGACGAGCUCGUCGCGCCAGCCCUGUGA